CGCCCACGCCGGGCCAGGGAGAGAGAGAGGGAGAGAGAGAGAAGAGAGAGAGGAGAGAGAAGACAGAGAAAAGAGAGAAGAGAGGAGAGAGAAGACAGAGAGAGAAAAGAGAGAGGAGAAGACAGAGCAGAGAGAGACAGAGAAGAGAGAGACAGAGGAGAGAGAGAGAGAGAGGAGAGCCGCGCGCUCCCGCCCCGCGCGGCCCCGCGGCCGCCGGAGCUCCCCUCCCGAGCCCUGAGCGCUGGCGCUGCCGGGCCUGCGCCGCCGUCCCAGCACUCCCGCCCCCGGAGGAGGCGAGGCCCGGCGUCAACAGACUCGCCGGAGCGGCCCGGGAGGCGCGAAGGCGCCGGGCGGAGCAGCCUCGGCAGGGAGAGGAUGCCUCGACUCCCCGGCCGCGCGGCGCUCCCCCUUUGCGUGGUGCUGCUGACCGCGCUGCUGGCCGCGGUGCGAGGGCUCCCCCUGCGGAAGCCGCGGGGCCCCGGCUGGAGCCACGUGAGGCUGGCGGAGGUCUCGGCCUCCCCAGACCCCAGCUCUCCUAGAGACGAAGAGGAGACCCCUUUGCUCUCCAGAGCCCGCCUCCAGGCAGGGCUGCGCCAACACAGACGCUGGGCUCUCACUGAGCCAGCGGCCCUGACCCUGGACAAGACCUCCUUGCCCGGGACCCUGGAGGACGCACCCUUGCUGCUGGAGCUGCAAAAGCUGCCGGGAUUGGCCAACACAGACUUGAGUGCCCCAAACCCCAAUAUCCAGGUGACCAUCGAAGUGGUGGAGGACCCCCAGACUGAGGUGGAGAUGGACCUGCUGGCUGAGCCUAACAAUCGCUGGUCCCAGGGUGCCCCCAGCUGGCUGCCUGCCAAGGAACUCUUCUGGCCCCUAUUCUGGGGCUACCUGGAGGGCGAGGAAGGGAGGCCUAGUCUCAAGGGCAGAGCCCCAGGGGAAGAGGAGGAAGAGGAAGAGGAGGAUUACCCUCCAGAGUACAGUGAGAGUGAGGACCAAGAGGACAACGAUGAGGAAGACAAUGACGAUGACCAGGAGCAUGGGUUCAGUGGGGCCGCAGGAGGCUGGGAGCAGGGCUGGUUGUCCCCGGGGGACCGGGCCUUCCGGGAGCCUGAAAGCUACGACUCUGAGCUUCAAGAGGAAUGGAGCCCCUGGUCUCCCUGCAGUGGGAGCUGCAGCAGCGACAGCCAGCAGAGGGCUCGGCCCUGUGGCUACGCCUGCACUGCCACCGAGUCCCGUGCCUGCGACCUGCCCCCCUGUCCUGGCGCUGAGGACAAGGACCCCUUGGGCUUCCCCAGUGAGGGGUGGCGGCCCCUGGCCCACAAUGCUACGGACAUGCUCAGCCCAGAUGUGGACAGCUGUGAGAAGUGGCUGAACUGCAAGAGUGACUUCCUAGCCAAGUACCUGAGCCAGGUGCUGCGGGACCUGCCCAGCUGCCCGUGUGCGUACCCACUGGAGGCCGUGUCCAGCGCCGUGAGCCUGCAGGACGAGCACCAGGGCCGCAGCUUCCGGUGGAGGGACGCCAGCGGCCCACGCGAGCGCCUGGACGUGUACCAGCCCACGGCCCGCUUCUGCCUGCGCUCUCUGCUGUCCGGGGAGAGCAGCACGCUGGCCGCCCAGCACUGCUGCUACGACGCGGGCAGCCGGCUGCUGACCCGAGGCAAGGGCGCCGGCGCGCCCGACCUCGUCAGCACCGACUUCUCGCCCGAGCUGCACUUCAAGGUGGACACGCUGCCCUGGAUCCUGUGUAAGGGGGACUGGAGCCGCUACCACGCUGUGCGGCCCCCGAACAAUGGCCGGGCCUGCACGGACAACCCCCCCGAGGAGGAAUACCUGGCGCAGUUGCAGGAGGCCAAGGAGUUCUAAUGAGGGCUGCUGUGCUGGAGAACUUCCCUCGCAGGCCACUCACCCUGCCUGGCCCAGACCCGGUGAGGCCAGUCUGGUGCCUCGAGCCCUCUGCCUUUGAACCUGAGGCGGGGAGGUCAGCACCCCAGGUGUCGGUGUGGGGUUGGGGAGAAGGUUGAAGCGUGUAUAAGGCCCAGGGUGAGAGGAGGGAGCUCAGCUCCCAAGGCCCCCAGGGCUGCCCCAGAUGCGUAUCUGUGGCGGCCUUACCUCUUGCCCGCUGGGAGGCGCUGUCGCAGCCUGGACGCGCAUUGUCCUCCCUCUCCCUCUGUGCUCAGGUGUGCGCCUGGCUCUCCACACACCCUGAU